AUGGGAUCUAUACCACGGCCAGUUGUCGCCUUCAAUGUCAAGCGCAUUGCUGUCAUCGGUGCAGGUCCGACAGGGCUUGCAGCUGCCAAGUACUUGCUAGCAGAGAAAGCUUUCGACACCAUCGAUGUAUAUGAGCAGCAAGCAGAAGUAGGAGGAGUCUGGAACUACACGCCUUCUCUGGUCGAGAGAGUCCCCAUUCCUCAAACCACACCGUGGGCCCCUUCCGAGAAGCCAUCAUGGCCCAGGGGAUCACCGGCGCCGAUAUUUUCAAAUCCAAUGUACGAGAAGCUCAACACGAACAUCCCCAAGCCGCUCAUGCAGUUUUCAGACCAAGAAUUUCCGGCUGACGCUCUACUCUACCCAACACGGCAAGAUGUUCAAGCUUAUCUGGUCAAAUAUUCUCAAGAUAUCAGGCACUUGAUAAUGUUUUCGUACCAAGUCGAUGAUGUAAGUCUAUCUGAGACAAAUGGGCAGGACCUUUGGACUCUGAUUGCCAAAUCUACCAUCACUGGAAAGAAGUUGAGCAAGCAUUAUGAUGCUAUUGUGGUGGCCAAUGGACACUACUCUGUUCCGUGGAUCCCUGCAGUUUCUGGAAUCGAAAAAUUCAAUUCUGCCUAUCCAUCUAUCAUUUCACAUUCCAAGAUAUAUCGUUCUCCGGAGAGUUUCAAGGACAAGAAAGUUAUAGUUGUAGGUAAUGCUGCGUCCGGCUUGGAUAUUGGCAACCAGGUUCUCGAGGUGUCCAAAAAGCCGCUCCUCAAUUCCAUCAACGGUCCAUCUACCUUUCAGCUACCAGUGGACGGAAUCAGCAAGGAAGACGUGCCAAAGAUAAUUGAAUACAUUGUCGAAGAACGAGCUGUCAAGUUUGAGGGAGGGAGGGUCGAGAAGGAUGUCGAUGCCGUCAUCUAUGCUACCGGCUAUUUGUACUCCUUUCCAUUUUUGAAGUCGCUCGAUCCGCCACUUGUGACGACAGGUCGACGAACGAUCGGAUUGUGGCAACAGAUAUUUCAUAUAAAGCAUCCAACACUAGCAUUCUCUGCGCUCGGCCAGAAAAUUAUACCCUUUCCAUUGUCUGAGGCUCAAGGUGCAGCGAUGGCGAAGGUCUGGUCUAACAACAUUUCGUUGCUCAGUGUGGAGGAGAUGGAGGCAUGGGAGAAAAGCAAAGUGGAAGAGCUUGGAAAUGGCACGGCAUUUCAUGUCCUGGGUUAUCCCAGAGAUGCUGCCUAUAUCAAUUACCUUCACGGUUGGGUGAAGGAAGCCAAUAAUGGCUUCUCAAAAGAACCUCCGUUCUGGGACGAUAGACUCUGUUGGCUACGUGAGAUCUAUGUAGACAUUAAAAACAAGUUCGCGGAUACUGGGAUGAAAGCAAUUUCUUUACAAGAGCUCGGAUUCGACUUCGACAAACGCGAUUCGGAGAUUUGA